UUUCGAUUCUAUCCCCAUCCCAAGACAAGGCCGGAGCGCACUCUCUUUACAACAAAACCACAUUCAACCUUUAGAAGUUUAGUCUUCGACAGCGUAACGAUGGCCCCCAAGAGCAAGAAGACCGGUGACACCAUCAACUCGCGCCUUGCGCUUGUUAUGAAGUCCGGAAAGGUCACCCUCGGCUACAAGUCCACCAUCAAGACCCUCCGCUCCGGCAAGGCCAAGCUGGUCAUCAUCGCUGCCAACACUCCCCCUCUCCGCAAGAGUGAGCUCGAGUACUACGCCAUGCUCGCCAAGACCCCCGUUCACCACUUCUCUGGUAACAACAUCGAGCUUGGUACUGCUUGCGGUAAGCUCUUCCGCACCAGCACCAUGACCAUCCUCGACGCUGGUGACUCCGACAUCCUCUCCAGCCAGUAGGUGCAAGGAUCAAGCCAAUGACUUUCCAUGUUAUGUCUGAAUGUGUUGAAUGUCGUCCAAGAUGCGACACUCGUUAUGACAUGCUUUAGAUAAUGACAAGAAAAGAAAAUCCUUUACA